CAAUAACUCCAAAGUAGUAAUUCCAAAGUAUGUGCUAUAGCCUAUAAAAUUGACCUCGUUUCAUUGGACCACUCCAUCACCACCAUUUGUGCCUCGAAGAGAUAAUUCUUAAGUCUAGGAAGACCAUGAGCAAAUCGGAGGUGGUGUUCAUCUCAACCCCCGGAUCAAUCGGAAACCUAGUCCCACUGGUCGAGUUCGCUCAGCUUCUAGUCAACCAUGACCCUCGAUUCCACGCCAGCAUCCUCACCAUCACCAUGCCCCAAAGACCCACCAUCGAUACUUACAUCCAGUCCCGCGCCGCCGCGUCAGCCACCAGCAUCAACUUCCUCCACCUCCCCACUGUAGAACCACUUGCAGAGGAUGAGAACCAGUCCUAUCUCGCCUACCUUUCCCUACUCAUUGAAAAACACAAGCCCCACGUAAAGCAUACUAUAGCUGACCUCAUGUCCUCUGCCGAGUCAAACCGAGUUGUUGCGUUUUUCGUGGACAUGUUUUGUACGUCCAUGAUCGACGUUGCCAACGAGCUUGAGAUUCCUUGUUAUAUGUUUUUCGCUUCUCCGGCGACGUUUCUGAGCUUCAUGUUUCAUAUUCCUGUCUUGGACGCCGAAAUCUCCGACGACUUUGGCGAUUUGGAUACUGAGCUGACUAUACCGGGUUUUGCUAACUCGGUGCCUCCGCUGGUGUUGCCUACGGCGCUGUUGAGUAAGAAGGGGGAUACGUACCCUUGCUAUUUGUCCCAUACGGCAAGGUACAAGGAACCCAAGGGUAUUGUUGUCAAUACGUUCAAGGAAUUGGAGCCACACGCGCUUAGCUCGUUGUCUACGAGUCACGUGCCGCGAGUUCACGCUAUUGGGCCGGUUGUUGAUCAUAAUGGGCCGGCCCAAUGGCAGGAUCCCGACCUGUAUGAGAGCGUGGUGAAGUGGCUCGAUGACCAGCCUCCGUCGUCUGUGGUGCUGUUGUGCUUUGGGAGCAUGGGGAGUCUUAGUGGGCCUCAGGUGAGGGAGAUAGCAUUUGGGCUGGAAAGGGCUGGGUUUCGGUUCUUAUGGGCAUUGCGAGAACCGCCCAAGUCCAGUGUGUACCUUCCGAGCGACCCCGCAAACGUAGACGAGGUAUUGCCGGAUGGGUUUUUGGAGCGGACAUGUAAAUUCGGUUUAGUGUGCGGGUGGGUCCCGCAAGUGAAGAUUCUGGCCCACCAAGCGAUCGGAGGGUUCGUAUCGCAUUGCGGGUGGAACUCGAUUUUGGAGAGCUUGUGGUAUGGGGUACCGAUUGCCACGUGGCCUAUUUACUCGGAGCAACAAAUGAACGCGUUUGAGAUGGUGAAGGAAUUGGGAUUGGCAGUGGAGAUUAGGCUGGACUAUAGGGAGGGAAGUGAUUUGGUGUUGGCGGGGGAGGUGGAGAGAAGCAUAAAGAGCUUGAUGGAGGGUGAUCAUGUGGUGAGGGCUAGGGUGAAGGACAUGAGAGAGAAGAGCAGGAUGGCAUUAAUGGAAAAUGGGUCUGCAUACAAAGCACUAGAAGGUUUAAUUGUGGAACUAAUGCCCAAGAUCUGAGACAAAAAUCAAUUGUCCUCUAGAUGUAAUUUGUAUAGGAUAAAGAAGAGGACAGUUGAAAUAAUUGCAGCAAGUGGCAAUAAUUGUAGUAGCUCUUUCUCCUCAUACAUUUGCAAUCAUGGCUCCAUAGGAAGCUUCAAUGAUUUCUUCCUGCUUCUGAA